GCUCAUGCAGUAUGUGCUUCCCUGCUCGGUAAUGAAGAAGAAGGGCACCGCCACCGCUCCUCUCGGUCACGGAUCCGUUUCUCCCGUGUGCUUUUCUUAACCGCACACUGACCUUUUUUUCCCUCCCCGGUGUGCCCGCAUCUUGGCUUUGCUUUCCAUUUCUUUUUUUUCACAUGGAGGCGGAGCAAGGCAAUCUUGUAGAGAAACCUUCCGAUGAGAUCUGAGUGAAAACGGUGUGUUGGAUUUAAACCUGACCGAAUGAUAACGAUAUGAGUCUCCCUACCGGAGUGCUUGAUGUGCUCACCUCCUCCGUUUUCUCGUCCCGGGGGUCCUGAGGAUGCGGCCGGUAGCGCAGGUACCUGUCCUGGUUUCACACCGGCUCGGUUCGUCCCGGUAGACUGAUCGCUGUCCGGUGCUGUGGUGUUCAAAGGGAACUCCUGAGUGAUUUAAAAAAAAGAAAGAACCGGAUCCCCCACCAGCAGGCUGCCAGAUGGAUAACUACUCUACUUUACAACUGCAGUGUCUGGAGAUGACCACUAAGCGGAAGCUGAUUGGCCGGCUGGUGCCGUGCCGUUGUUUCCGUGGGGAAGAGGAAGUGAUCUCAGUGUUGGAUUACUCCCACUGCAGCCUGCAGCAGGUCCCCAAGGAGAUCUUCAGCUUCGAGAGAACUCUGGAGGAGCUCUACCUCGACGCCAACCAGAUUGAGGAACUACCCAAGCAACUCUUUAACUGCCAGGCCUUGAAGAAGCUGAGUAUGCCGGACAACGACCUCUCCAACCUGCCCACCACCAUCGCCAGCUUGGUCAACCUCAAGGAGCUAGACAUCAGUAAAAACGGUAUCCAGGAGUUUCCCGACAAUAUAAAAUGCUGUAAAGGCCUGUCUGUGGUGGAGGCCAGUGUCAACCCUAUCACCAAACUCCCAGAUGGUUUCACACAGCUCCUGAAUCUGACCCAGCUCUUCUUAAACGAUGCCUUCUUGGAGUAUCUGCCCGCUAACUUUGGCAGACUUUCAAAACUACGGAUCCUGGAGCUUAGAGAGAACCACCUGAAAACCAUGCCAAAGUCCAUCCACAGACUGACACAGUUGGAGAGGUUGGAUCUGGGUAGCAAUGAAUUCACUGAGAUGCCGGAGGUGUUGGAACAGAUCCACAACCUAAAAGAGCUGUGGCUGGAUAACAACUCUCUACAGUGUAUACCAGGGGCCAUAGGAAAACUCCGUCAGUUGCGGUACUUUGACUUAGCUAAGAAUCGCAUCGAGUCGUUGGACACUGAUAUCUCAGGCUGCGAAGCCUUAGAAGACCUGUUACUGUCCUCCAACAUGCUGCAGCAGCUCCCUGACUCUAUAGGAAUGUUGAAGAAGCUGACAACAUUGAAGGUAGAUGACAACCAGCUGACCUCACUGCCUAACACCAUCGGGAGUCCGAAGCCCAAGCACGGUCUGUCUCUUUUGGAGGAGUUUGACUGUAGUUGUAAUGAGUUGGAGUCGUUGCCUCCCACUAUCGGCUACCUGCACAACCUGAGGACGUUUGCUGCUGACGAGAACUUCCUCAUAGAGCUGCCCCGGGAGAUCGGUAACUGUAAGAACGUGACGGUAAUGUCAAUGCGUUCCAACAAACUGGAGUUUCUUCCUGAUGAGAUUGGACAGAUGACUAAACUAAGAGUCCUUAACCUGAGUGAUAACAGGUUAAAGAAUCUACCGUUUACCUUUACCAAGCUGAAGGACCUGGCAGCUCUCUGGCUCUCUGACAAUCAGUCCAAGGCUCUGAUCCCGCUGCAGACAGAAGCCCACCCUGAAACCAAACAGAAGGUUUUGACCAACUACAUGUUUCCUCAGCAACCGCGACACGAUGAGGAUUACCAGUCGGACAGUGACAGCUUUAAUCCCAUCCUGUGGGAGGAGCAGAGGCAGCAGAGGAUGACUGUGGCCUUUGACUUUGAUGACAAGAAAGAAGAGGAAGACAACUCUGGGAAGGUCAAGGUGGAGAUUAACCUUAAGCGCUACCCGACACCUUACCCUGAAGACCUCAAGAACAUGGUCAAGUCAGUGCAAAGCCUAGUGGGUAAAAGUGUACACGGCGGGCAUGGGCACCAACACCAGCAUCAGCACCAACUCCAGCACCAGCACCAGCACCAGCUGAGCACAGGCACUGCCACAUCAGCAGGAACCAACAUGGAACACACACACCUCAGCAAAGAGUAUGAACCACCGUGGCCCCUUCCUCCCAAAGAGGUGAUGGACAGAGAGAUGCAGGACUUCUCUCAGUCUCAGCUAAUGGAUCAGGGAUCAAUGCAUAACUCUGGCAUUGACAUUCCUAAGAGGAAGGACAAAGAGGACCUGACAGAGAGCUCUGAGGACUCUAUGGGCGGCUCUCCCAACGACAUUCGUAUCUCUGACAUGAGGCCCACCCUGGUGGAGCCCCCUAUGUACAAACCAAAGGUGGUGCUGCUGGGGAAGGACAAGAAAGAGUCUACAGAUGAGGAGGUGGAUAAGCUCCACUGUCUGAACCACAGCGGCUCCUCAGCCACCUACUCUGACUACUCUCCCUCACAGGGCUCCUCCGGCUCCUCUAACCCACCCGGGAACACACACUCACACGCACACUCUCACCAACACCAACACGCACACGCACACGCACACCCUCACGCACACCCACACACUCCCGCCCUGCCCGCCCCGAGCAAGGACCAGGCGCCUCAAACACACUGGACCAACAGACUGGCUCAGUCCUUCCCCAAACCCAUUGACUCCAAGCCCCUGCUAUCUCAGAGAGAAACCCCUCCAUCAGGAACCCUGCAGCAGCGUGGGGAUCGACGCCCACUGAGUGAGCCUUUUGAUUGGGCCGAGGCCCCGCACUACGACAACACAGGAUUUGAUGCUGAGGAGUCUCCUAUGGACCCUUCAUUAACCAGUCAGGGAAACCCCCCGCUGGGCUCCAAACCCCGCAGCCAGUCAGCACACGGGCGGCGCCCCCUCCUCAGGCAGGAGCGGAUCGUAGGGGUUCCUUUGGAGCUGGACACUCAGACGCUCCCCUUCCACGGCAACCAACGCUCCACUCCGGACAAUGACCAACAAUCAUCCGGACAUUCUUCCCAGAAUCCCUGGCAGAACUGGACCAGAACCCCCAGUCCCCUAGAGGACCGAACCGCUUUUCCCUCCAAACUGGACCUGACGCCCACAUCCAGUCCUAACCCUGAUCGCAAGGACAUUGACCAAAGGCUGGAACAAGGUGCAGGGCCUUUGCCCGGCAGCUGGACGUACCACGACAAUCAAGGGGAUCAGAACAGGAAGGAUCAGCUAAGUGUUAGCGGGGGCAACAAGGUCACCGUAGUGAUGAGUAAAAGCUCGGACCGCCUGUCCCCCAUGAUGAGGGAGACGAGAUCUAAGUUUAAGAAGUCACAGAGUAUCGAUGAGAUUGACAUUGGCUCUUACAAGGUCUACAGCAUUCCUGUGGACAGCUACAGUACCUCCAUUGAACAACAGACUAGUUUGGACCGUCAAGAGUUUGUCGGGUCAAUGGAGCAGACCAACAUGUCACGGUCACAGUCCGCCCCCAUGUUAGACGAUGACCUGAUCUUCCCAGGACACGGCGGCAGCAACCAGUCGGGACAGAACCAGAAACCUGCCAUCCCACAUAAGGCCUAUCACUUCGACCACAACUACAACCCCCAGGUGACCAUAGACCGCCGGGUCCCUCCCCCCUUCCCCAACACACCAGAUUAUGUCAACCACUCAUCGAAAGCCUUGGAGUACAUCAAUCAACCGGGGAAGACAUUACCAAAGGAGCUGGUGAGCCCUCGGUAUCGGGCGUAUCCACCACUGGAGAUGUUUUCUUUCCCCCAAUCACCAAUCAAUCCGGAUGGUCCGCCCAGCCAGCCUCAGCAGCCAAUCCCGUCACAGCGCUCCAGGCCAGGGUUUUUGAGAAGAGCAGAUUCAUUGGUGAGCUCCACAGAGCUUGCUUUGUUCCGCAGAGUCCAUGAAGCCCAACAGGAGGCGCUGCAGGAAGCUCAGUAUAGACAGCAGGCUGACCCCCCUCUUUAUGGUCGGGCUCUGGCCUACUCCUCCGCCAUGGAGCACUCUGCUAUCUCCAACAUGUCCGACAGCCAGAGCCAGAUGAUGCACAAUAAGAGAAACGGCCGCUACGAUGACGACUAUACAACUUACCAUGAACAAAAGAAGCCCAUGAUUGGUUACCCAACAAAGAGCCUUACUCAGCGCCGCCCCCUGUCAGCCAGGAGCUACAGCACUGAGACUUAUGGAGCAUCUCAGGCCCGUCCAGUGUCAGCUCGUCCCACCAUGGCUGCCCUGCUAGAGAAAAUGCCCCCUGACUACACUCUGGCAACCUGCCCAGAGAAACCAUCUGAAGACACCAUCAAAGUAAGACCUGGCGUACCACAGAAGCCUGAAGACAUCACCUCCAGGAUGCCUGCCGAUUGGAGGCAACAGCUACUUAGGCACAUAGAGGCCAAACGAUUGGACAGGAGUGGUGUCCUAAAGCACAACACGCUCACGCUGGGCAUGCUCUGUCAGGGCGGGGGUCAUGGCCAGGGGCGCAGCAGCACUUUGAACUUUAACCUUUACAAUAACACUAAGCAUGAGUCCCCUGUUGGCCGCUGGCUGCCUCUACCUCCUCCUCCAUCUGCUAAUGCCAGCCCCUCUCAGCAGGCUGCCAUGCUGGAUAAUGACCAGGAGGGGCUGUCAGGGAGCAACCAGUGGGCUCCAUACUCACUUGGCCGGAGGGAUGUCCCACCUGACAACCUCAUGAAAAAGAGUGCCCACUCCCACAACACUCCCCACCAAUCACACAACACCAUGAUUGUCGCCUCCUCUACCUCCUCCUCGUCCACUACACCUCAUCGUGUGGUUGUGCAGCAGGGCUACGACGGGAUGAUGAACAAAGGGGGCCAAUACCAACCUGCAAUGCCCUUGUCAGUGGUUCCUUCUGGACAGUAUCAAGGCAACAUGACUCAAGGCCAUCCUGGUCCUGGACAGGGUUACCCCGGUGGCGGCAUGUCCAUGGCUCCGUCCCCGUCUGGGAACCAACCCCAGUACAACCCUCACUCCUCCCACACAUCCCAUCAGCCCGCCACCAACCCCCAGUACCACGGCAACCAGGGCAUGGUCCACGGCAACCAAGGCAUGGUCCACAGCAACCAGGGCAUCGUCCACGGAAACCAGGGCAUGGUCCACAGCAACCAGGGCAUGGUCCACGGCAACCAGGGCAUGGUCCACAGCAACCAGGUCAUGGUGCAUAGCAACCAGGGCAUGGUACACAGCAACCAGGGAAUGGUGCAUAGCAACCAGGGGAUGGUCCACACCAAUCAAGGCAUGGUCCAUAGCAACCAGGCUGUCAUGACCCACACCAACCCGCGGCCUCAGAGCGCUCGCUGCCUGUUGCAGACUAAAGGCCAGAAGAGCACGGAUGGUUUCCAGGAACAGUUGUGUGUGAGAAUAGAGAAGAACCCUGGUCUUGGUUUCAGUAUCUCUGGUGGCAUCAGCGGCCAGGGGAACCCCUUCAAACCCUCUGACAUGGGUAUCUUUGUUACUAGGGUACAGCAUGACGGGCCCGCCACCUCCGCCCUGCAGCCCGGAGACAAGAUUCUGCAGCAUGACUGUGUAGCUCCUCCUCUUCUCUCUCUUUUCCCCAACAGUGAUGUGUUACUGAGAUAAUGAUGGCAGUGGCCCUCCAUCCCUCCACACACACAUAUAGACAUAUGUAUGGGAAUAUUGCUGCACACAUACCUCUCUCUAUACAUACCUGCACACACACACAUGCUGUUGACCGUGCUGCGUGUUUGCCUUGCAGGCUAACGGACAUAGUUUUGUACACAUGGAGCACGAGACAGCCGUCUCUCUGCUGAAGAGUUUCCAGCCGACUGUGGACUUGGUGGUUCUGAGAGAAAAAUAGUUUUAUAACAAACAAACACAACAACAACGCUUCUCUACUCUGCUCAUCGCCAUCCCAUGCCAUCCCACCUGCCCUCCGCUGGAGGCUUGUGGAACUGAAAAAUGAGCCGCCUUUUUUACCUUUUUAGGGGAACACAGACAUUUAUUUGCCUAUUGCUGGACCAAAGGCAAAUACUAGUGCCAAAUGUACCAUAGGAAACAUAUCGGCUCCUCUGUCUACCGGCAGUCAGGGAUCUGAUUGACGGCUGGACAGACCACAAGAAGACACUUUGAGUUCCUACAGGGCUGCUGCAGUUUGGAUUUUGUGGUUUGUUAUAGACAUCUCAUCAUUCAGUGUCUACGGUUAUUUUUUGGAUUUUUGCUUUUCUCCACUGCCAUUCAUUUUGCUGUCCACGGUAGAUUUUUGUUUGGUGUAGCACAUGAUCCACUUUCCUUGUUCCUCAAUGUUCUCUUCGCUUUCUGUUCUAUCUUUUGUUUUCUGUUGGUUCUCUUUCUUGUCUUAUCUUCUUUUGUUUUCAUUCUUUUCAGCUGUCUUCUGUUCUGUUUUGCAGGUAUUAUUUCCUCCAGUAUACAGAAAACUUGUCUGCCUUGUGUACAUAUAUAAAGCUGCAGCUUUCAAGAGCUGCACUUUCCUUGGGGCCUGGAACGACAGCUCUUAAAAGUUUAGGAUUAAUAUAAAUAUUGUUGAUAAACCACAUUCUGAAUCCUCUCUUAUGAUCAUACAGGGAUUAUUUCUCCAAAUGGACAAUUUUUUAAUAUACCACUGAUUUUUUUUAUGUAAAGAAAACACUGUUGAUAGUUCAUUACUGCUACUCGUUUUCUUUCUUUCUUUUUUGUAAGUGUUGCUUGCACACCUAUGCUGAAAAAAGCUUAAGCAAUACUCCUGAGGCUUGGCCCAUUGACAUUUUCAUUAGAGCCUAACUUGUCCCACAGUGCCAUCUACCGAGCAAGUCAUGCUAAUGUUUACACACACUGCCAUGCACAUGAGCUAACAGGCAAAACACACAUAUACAGUCAACUUAUGUGCCCCCAUACACAACACAUAUGCAAUGGUGCUCAGUGCACUAUUCGUAAUGAAGCCCUGUCUAUACUCGAGACUAACUUUACAAUCAAUCUCUGUAAUAAAACCAGUCAAACACUGUAACAUUAAUCAUAUUUUGAAGUCCCGUUUUCUAGUAUUGUUACAGCAAUGUUACAUCAUAUUUUAGCUGUUUGAGUUGUAUGAUAAAAUCCCAGCAUGCUCUUCAUAUCAUUGGUCACUGUCAGCCAGCCAUUUUCUGUUGGCUUCUAGAGAUCUCUUCUCUGUAGGAGACUCUAGAUGUAUUAUAGCACUGGGUUUCAGUGAGACUGAUAUUCUAUCCUUUGUGCCAAAUGGACCCUCUGCCCCUCUCUGGUUGUAUUAACACAGGCCUGAAACAUCAGAGCUUUACCUCUUUGUGGCCCAGAUCUGAUCGGAUCACAGUGAGUAAGGACACUGUUAGCUUUUUUUAACAUUUGGCCUGGUAUUCAAAUCCAAGCAUCCACUCUGCUGAGUCCUGACCUCUGGCCUCCCUGAAGAAAGCAACAAGAGUCAGCAUUAAUACCGUCUUAAUGGGUAAAUCUGCAGCAAAUCAGAUUUAACAAUCAGGGGAAGAUCUGAUCUGUGCCGCAAAGGCUUUUGGCUACACCUUAAAUUUCAGUUUGAGAAUCGGAUGAGAUGCUAGUUAUCACUAGGUGAACAUGGGAAUUUGGAUCUGCCAACUUAGAUGGUUAAUGUUCAAAUUAUGUGUAGGUAGGAAGAGAAAUAAUGUUGACUGUGUUGAUGUAGAAGAGAUGUUUCUGGAGCAAGAAAGCUCUGGCCUUCAUGGUCAUGCUUCAGACCCCGAAUAGACAUGACAGAAUUGAACGCAGGAUUAAAAAAAAAAAGGUUAGAGGUUAAUUUCCUGUCUUUGUGUGAAUGCAACACAUUUCUUGAAGACGUUUCAUGACAGUGAGUUGUGUUUUGUUCUGUAUAACAUCUGAUGUUUCAUCCAGAGCAAAACAACAUCCAUCACUGUUGUUUGCUUUUACUUGAUGUGACAGUGUCCUCCUGUGGCCAUUUUGUGUCAACCCUCUUAAUAAGCGUUAGAAUUGUGUUAAUUCAAUUUAAGGGACACAAAAUGGCACAGUGAAGUACUGUAGGUUAAGAGACUUAAUCUUAACCCCAGGUACCCACCCGAUCCUAUUUAGAGUUUGAAAUAUCAAAGAUAUUGUGAUGAGAACAGAGAAAACAGUUUGAUAAUAUAAUUAUUUUUUACUACAUGUUCAGGUAAUUCUUUCUAAAUAUAUUGAUAUACCUUAGCUUUGCUCAAAAAUUGUGAUAUUUUAUAAUAAUGACACUUAUAACAAUGGAUGGAAGUACGCACAGUAUGACUUGGAGACCUACACAUGUACUAUCCAAAGCUGUAUAAAAUGUAUUUCUACUGUAAUUGUGAAUUUGUGUUAUACAAAUAUAUAUUAUAUAUAUAUGUAUAUGACUAUAAAAAAACAGUCAUUUUCUAUGUGUUUAAACUUCAUAAGAGCUGAACAAAUGGGCGGUGUCACUGUACAUAGCUGUGAAUGAAAUCCAAUUUAAAUGACUCAUAUUGAUUGUGAAUGUACUCAUGCUUUCUGCAGUACCUACACCUACCCAACUUGAAUGCUGCUUCUUCUGUUGUGUGACAAAAAGUACUUUGACCUCCGAAGAGAGAACUUCUGUCGAGUUUUAAGUUGGACAAAUUUUAGUGACGAUUUAACAGAACUAUUUAUUUAUUUAUUUAUUUAUUUGCACAUGCAAGUUGAAAUCCUUCCAGUUUUAAGUUUGAGUAUUAAUGCGGAGAAAUGUAAUUGCAGAAGUAUAUAUAAUAUAUAUCAUGUGUUUAGAAUGCAUUUUGCAGAAGCUAUCUGUACAUACUAUUUAAGAUACAAUUUUUACAAAAAAUAAUAUAUGUAUAAAAUAGAAAAAAUGCUGUGCAGCAAUUAUACUGGAGCCAUUUUGGGCUUUGGGACGUACCAUUUUUUCAGUAUAUAAGAAGUGUUUUGAAUAAUGUACUAAAGUCUCUAUUGUACAAAUAAUAAAAAUGUCACUAUUGGUAAUAUGGGUUC